AUGCAUAUGUAUUAUGAUGUAAACAAUUUUUUGGAAGUGGAAAGUGGCCGUUCAAAGGGCUACCAUACGAGACAGAAACAAGUGGAAUUAGGCAAAGCUGAUGAGAUUCGCACACCCUCAGAGGUGGUCCUCAUGGCCACAAACCGACCUGAUACUCUGGAUCCUGCCCUUGUUCGUCCCGGUCGCCUAGAUCGCAAAGUUGAGUUCAGUCUCCCAGACCUCGAAGGUCGAACACAUAUAUUUAAAAUUCACGCUCGAUCUAUGUCGGUGGAGAAAGACAUUCGAUAUGAGUUGCUCGCUCGACUUUGUCCGAACAGCACCGGUGCCGAAAUCAGAAGUGUUUGUACGGAGGCUGGCAUGUACGCUAUCCGAGCACGACGAAAGAUGGCAACAGAAAAAGACUUCUUGGAGGCAGUGAAUAAAGUCAUCAAGUCUUAUGCCAAAUUCAGUGCUACCCCUAGAUAUAUGACCUACAACUAA